GCUUGUCCAAUGAUCUGGAGGGGCUUGGAGAGCAGAUCUCAGCUGGCAGACAUUUAAAUGGGAGACAGCUCGGCGCUGCUGCAAUUUGUAGGCAGGACCCGACAUUCUCUCUCUCUAUGGACUCCCGGGCAGAUCCGGGCUCCCACGCCACCCGCUCCAGCGAGUGACCCACCGGUCAGAGCCCCGCAGAGCCCCAGGCCACGCCGGGGAGCCACCGCGACCGAGCCGAGCCCCGCCGCGGAGCCGCCGCCGCGCAGGAUGGUUCGCACAUUGUAUGCCAUCGGUGCCUUGUUUCUUCUGAUGGGAUUUCUGCUGCCAGCAGCUGAAGGGAGAAAGCGGAAUCGUGGAUCUCAAGGUGCUAUCCCUCCUCCUGUCAAGGAUCAGCCCAAUGAUUCGGAGCAAAUGCAGACACAGCAGCAGUCAGGCUCCAGGCAUCGAGAGCGAGGAAAAGGCACCUCGAUGCCUGCUGAAGAGGUGCUGGAGUCCAGUCAGGAGGCACUGCACAUCACUGAGCGCAAGUACCUAAAGCGGGAUUGGUGUAAAACCCAGCCCCUCAAACAAACUAUCCACGAAGAAGGCUGCAACAGUCGUACCAUCAUCAACAGGUUCUGCUAUGGCCAGUGCAAUUCCUUCUAUAUCCCCAGGCACGUCCGUAAAGAAGAAGGCUCCUUCCAGUCCUGUUCUUUCUGCAAGCCCAAGAAAUUCACCACCAUGACUGUUACGCUCAAUUGCCCUGAGCUGCAGCCCCCAAGAAAGAAAAAAAGAAUCACCCGAGUUAAGGAGUGCCGGUGUAUAUCUAUUGACUUGGACUAAACUGAGAAAAAGGAGCAAUUGCACUCUGACUGUAUGCAAUCACUGCCAGCGUGAGAGUGAGUGGCAUGAACCAGCCUACCUUCAAGGCUGGGCAAAACUGAAAGGGACCUAGUGAAUUACCUAAAGCAAGCAAAACCCCCCAAAAGAAAGAAGAAGUUCAUGUAAGGAAAGGGCAUGCAUGUGUGUAUGUGUGUAAGGGAGAAAAUUGGUACGGACGAGCAAAUGCAUGAAUGUUCACUACCAAAAAGAAAAAAAAAAAGUAAUGGGGUAUGAGACAUUAAAAAAACCCUAAUUACCCAUAGUCAUGAAUUAGGUUUCCUAAUUCAUGUGUAUAUUCACAUUUUUGCUGCUUGCUGGGAAAGUGGAGCUGUGGCUUUUGCGAAUGUUCACCUUUGUGCUAUUUGCUUUUACUGUAUUACGUGAAAACAUCAAAGCGAGGGGACAAUAUAUUUCAAAGCAUGAAUCUAUUCUUAUAUAAGAAAUAGACAAAGAGCAAUUUAAAGUGUAGCACAGCCAUCACUGAAAAUAGAAGCUGUGUUGAGAGUUCGUAACACGCUUCUUCAAAAAAAUAGCUCUAAUCCAUAAGCCAUGUCUGGAGAACAAUGGGGGGAUGUGGGAGUGCUGAAAAGUCAAUAUAGGUGGAUGGGAAACAGAUCUACAGCAACUUAGAAAGCAAAAGGUCAAAGCAAGUAGACAGGGAGAGUACAAAAGGGAGUAGAAAAAGGAAAGAUACAUAAAUAGGAAAACACAGAGGAAGAGAUAUUUUCUUCUGUUUACGUUUUGCUUUAAUUUAUAUACCUAGUCAUAUAUUACAUAAAUUAAAAAUAAACUAUAUACAAGGCUAUAAAUAUACAUCUGAAUUCUGAUGGCUCUCUAAACCAAACAGAACCCAUUCUUAUGCCACUAAAUCCAUUUGAUGUCUUGUAUUUCUGAUAUCAGUUAUUCUUCAUAUCUACAUAUAUAUGUAUAUGCAGUAUCUUUUAGGCAGUGGUAUCUAUACAUACAUGCAAUGAGUGUGCCUACUUCAUUGUGUGAAUCCAAACUCCUCUUUUUCACACACAUACAUAACCGCAGCACAGAAAUCUUGCUAACCAAGAUCAAGUACAGAAUGGCAGUAAUUUAGUACAUAAAGAGUAGAGCAAAAAUUAAAACAAGCAUCAUGUGACUGAAAAUGCAAUAACCACACAAGAGACAAAAGACAUGACAUUCAUGACUAGUAAACAUUGCAUUGUUAUUGUUAUUUUAGCUUUGCCACAGGCAUGCAGUUUGUUGAAACAGAGAUGCAGAACUUUGCCAGCAAUGGUCCUCUUUUUAUAUCUUUUACCACAGACUUGCAUUUAAACUGGAUUUGGAGUAAGUAAAGAGAAUUUCCUGAACACUUAGGGCUGACUGCCCCUCUCAUUUGGAGGGAAAAAAACAUAAAAGGGGACACAUUACUUCCAACAGCUCAAUGACUCUCACCUGUGAGGUUAUCUUGUGUUUUCUUUCCUUCAGGCUUAGGAACUUAAAAUUGAUCAGGGCUGUAAAGUUUGGUAAGAGCACAGAAGGUCCUACAAAAAAGUUAAUUUAAUGAGGUGUGUCCUGGGGAUUGGACCAGAGAGGCAGCCCAUCCAUGCAUGCUGUCCUUGUUAUUCUGAGCUCUCGAUGGUCCACGUUUACUGUAUGAUGAGUCUUGGAGGGUCCAGGACUCGAGUUCCCCACUCAGCUACAAUAUUCUGUAGCAUCCACUAUCAGUACAACUGUGCCCUCUCCCACCAGACACCUCUCUCAGCCAUAAGGUGAUUAUUUUGUCAUUAUUUCUAGCCAUAGAAUGUUGAGGAGGACAAUUCUGCCCAUAGUAACUUGUCCAAAGGGAAAGAUAUAUGAUGAAUGGCAUGUCACGGGUGCAUCCUAUGUAGCCUCCUUUCAUCAAUUGUCCCCACCUGCUACAUAAUGCAUCAUACAUUUAUUGAUGAUAUCCUGCAUCUCUACAACUCAUCUAUUUUUUGCUCUAAAAUCCACUGCUGUGAGGUUUGUGUUUGUAAAAUUAAGGGAUUGCAAUGAGUUUAUUGGUAUUAUUAAAAUACAUUUCAUUUGGUGUGCUCUCACUCAGCAGUUUGACACAUGUCUUAAUGGAUUUUAAAAUCCAGUUUUAAAAUCUGGAAUUAUAGGAGGUAGGUUUCCACUGUGUGGA